AUGGCCCUCCCAGCAGACCGCGCCGUGCGUCCGGCCUUGUCCAAGCUUUGCUCGCAAUGCUCGACUUUCACAGCUAGACAGAGCAGGCAAAGUGCUGCUUUUUUGCAGUCAGCCCAGCAACGCUCCGUCAGUUCCAUCCGCGGGGCACAGAGCUCUUCCUCGUCUUCGACGCAAGUCGGCGGCAUCACCAGAACCAUCUCGCGUCCGACCCAGGCUUCGAUCACAAGCAAGCUUCCUUCCGUUGCUGCCCAGUCCAGACCCAAGGCCAGCAGCUCGACAUCGUUUGCCACCAACGAGGAUCUGGCCGGUAGUGGUAUCCCCUCGAAGCCGAUUCUCGAGCAGGACAACCUCUUCCACUCCUUCACCAACUCGCCCAUCCCCAAGAUCCGCCAGCGCGCGGCCUUCAUAAGACAGCACGCCAGCUGCCCCCACCAUAGUCACCGCCCAGGGCAGUUCUCCGAGACCAACCGCCAAGUCGAUACCGAGUCUGGCUCCCAGCCGCCGAAGCACGUCGAUUUCGAGUGUCCUGACUGUGGCAUCCCGGUAUAUUGCAGCGAGCAGCAUUGGAUGGACGACUAUGAGAAACAUCUCGAGAUAUGUGACACUCUGCGACAGAUCAAUGAAGAUGACCAUGACCUCCAUUCAGGCCGCCACUUCUACGAGUUCAACUACGCCGGUCCGCAAAUGGAUGAUGCCAUGGUCAACAUGACCAACUGGGACACGUUCAUGUAUACCCGUCAGUUCGAAGCUGUCAACGAUGACCGGUGCAUGAGACAGGCGACUAGGUUGUUGACCUAUCCUCUCACGAUCGGCAGCGUUCUUCAUGAGUUGAGCCCGUACCACAUCCGGAAUCGCCUCACCGUCGAGGGCUUGAAGAGUUUGACGGCACUUCGCUAUACCCUGCAUCCUCCCAAGACUGGAGGCAACGAGUCUAUCAAGGGUCUCCGGCCUGAGGCGCCCCCCGUGCGUGUCUUUAUUCUUGGUGCUCGCGCUGAGUCGUCGCUGCCUAGAGAUGCCUGGGUGCAGUUGGCCCAUCUCUUCCCCCUGUCGAGACUCCAUCUGAUUUUCAUCGGACCCGAGAGCAUGAUGAACCGCGAUGACGAAUUUCCCCUCCCGCCUCGUACUCCCGAGAACCCUUACGGUGCGGUGGUGGAGGACCGCGUAUGGCCUACCAUGAAGAUCAGCACCAUUGUGGAUUAUUACCAUACUAUCCACAAGACGGGUUAUUUCGCUCCUCACGACCCUUACUUCGACUGCUUCGUCCUCUUCCACCCUGGUUUGGGCCACCCGGCAAGCUCCCACGAAUGGGAGGAAACGCUGCCUAUGCUUCUCGAGACCAAAGCUCCUAUCAUUGCUACGGGCUACACGCAGGCUGACAUGGAGCGUGAUGUCGAGUGGGUCAACAAGAAGGCCAAGGGUGAAUUCGACAUUCUCAUGGAGCCUGGCGAGAACAUCUUCCGCAGUCUCCGGUGGGAUCUGAAUGAUCUUGACCCUCAGGACGUCAGUGCCGGUAACUGGGGUGUGUGGGCCUUCCGCGGAAAGAGGUACGAGGCUACCGUCAAAGACAACGUCAUUGCUGUAUAGAUGAGCCAUGCGUAUGCUGGUCGUUGCAUCCUGUAAGAUGUAGUAGGUGUUGGCAACCGGACUGUUAGGAGCCCAGACUGUAUAAUAGGAAUAUCGAACAAACGCAUUGUCACGACCAUAUCGGCUGUUUACGCUUCAAGACUUUAUGGUAUCAUUUCCGUUUCUAACGGCACGGGCUGGAUGUUACGGAUGUCGGAUCCAAGGUGUGUGUUCAAAAUCUUGUGGACUGCACAGUCUGAUAGUCUCAUAGUUGUGGGCCUAGGGAGGCACUGAUCUGCAACGGUCAGGCUCGGGCCGCAUGCAGCAAGUGCCUUGUGUCACGGCAGUCUGCUGUGGCAAGGGUGAUGACAGCUUGAGCCUCAUCGACGACAGACGGUUUUUUUUCAAGAACUUUUUGUCCGUCUCACGCAGCACCUUGCACCGCGCAGUAAAUUUCGGUCAACGUUUGUCA